GGGAAACUACAAACUCGACAAACCGCCAUCUUUCUUUAUAGCAAGUUAGUAGGGCAAAACAAUAACGACUUUCGAAUGAUUAUUUCUCCAAAAUAGCUCCGCUGAAGCAAUUCCAUUUGGUCCGUUAUUAUAAAUAACAAGUUUAAAGAGGAGCUGGUGGAACUAAAUUUCAGAUAUUGUGCACAUCAGCCAUAAAACACAGCAGUUUGGUGUAAGAUCUCGACUAGCAGAGGUGGUCAACAUGGGCCGCUCUCGGAGCCGCAGCUCGUCCCGGUCCAAACACUCCAAAAGCAGCAAGCACAGUAAGAAACGGAGCCGGUCUCGGUCGCGGUCCAGAGACAGGGAGCGGUCAAAGAAACGGUCCAAGUCCCGAGAAUCGAAGAGGAACCGGCGCAGAGAUUCUCGUUCCCGUUCUCGGUCAACCACAACUUCGUCCCGUAGAGACAGAGCAGCUUCACCGCCGGAGCGCAUCGACAUCUUCGGCAGGACACUGAGCAAGAGAAAUGCCCUGGACGAGAAGCAGAGGAAGGAGGAGGAGGAAAGAAAGGCAGAGAUGGAAAGACAAAGGAAAAUCCGGCAGCAGGAGAUUGAGGAGAAGCUGAUCGAGGAGGAGACGGCGCGGCGGGUGGAGGAGCUGGUGGCCAAGCGGGUGGAGGAGGAGCUGGAGAAGAGGAAGGACGAGAUCGAGAGGGAGGUGCUGCGGCGCGUCGAGGAGGCGAAGCGCAUCAUGGAGCGGCAGCUUCUCGAGGAGCUGGAGAGGCAGCGGCAGGCCGAGCUGGCGGCGCAGAAAGCCAGAGAGGAGGAAGAAAAAUCUAAGCGGGAGGAGCUGGAAAAAAUCCUGGAGGAGAAUAACCGCAAGAUCGCCGAGGCUCAGGCCAAGCUGGCUGAGGAGCAGUUGCGUAUUGUGGAGGAGCAGAGAAAGAUUCACGAGGAGCGCAUGAAGCUGGAGCAGGACCGUCAGAAACAGCAGAAGGAGGAGCAGAAAAUAAUCCUCGGCAAGGGCAAGUCCAGGCCCAAGCUCUCCUUCUCCCUCAAGGCGGCUGAAUGAGACUGCUCCCCCCUCCCAACCUCCUCUUCCUCCUCCUCCUCGCCUCCAUCCAGCUCUCCAUGCUCAUCGUCUGACCUCCUCCUCCUCCUCCUCCUCUGUGGAACGCUCGCUUCGUUUUGGAAGUGCAGAAGGAAGGCAGAGGAUCAGGGGGUCGUCCCUCUCUCUCUGGCCUCGAAGAGGAGGCAGCUCUCCGCCUGCAGAGGACCUGACUGCUCCCUCCAUCCUCCUCGUCCCUACUUUCCGCACAGAUAACUGACUCGUUUGCUUUUUGUUUUUUGUUUUGUUUUUUUCAUUUUUGGUUUUAUUUGAAUUUUUAGGGAACUCGAACUAUUGAUGUAGAAUGCUAUAACAUGUCCCUCGCCCCCCCUGACCCCAAUAAGUCUUAACUGUGGUGUAACAGGGAGCGACUGUGCACCUGUGCUCUUCUUCUUAACAUGUCUUUACAGCCAGCAAACUCCCAGCAGAGCGAACACAGUCCCUGAUAUAGAAGAGUGUUGUCUGGCUUGUCUAGUUCAGCUUACUGUAAAGGCUCCCGUGCAGCCUGGGAGUCGCUCUCUGUCCUGUUUUUGUUUUUUAAAUCUGAUUCCUGAAGCGGCACAGCCUUUAAAAAGCACAGUUAACGUCAGGUUUGUGUCUUCCAUCUCACUUCCUGCUUCAUCUGGAUAUUAUUUGUCUUUUUAAAAACGUGAGGAGCGAACUGGGCCUCGACUCCCAGGCUGCACCGGGACCCCGACCACAAACCUUCAACAGGAUACGGCUACGAUAAAGGGGCCUGUGGGUAAUGGAGGAGAGAGGGGACACUUCCUGUAUGAUGUAAUGUUAUUAGCCUUGCUGUGAUGUGCUGACUCCCUCCCCACCUCCUCCUCCUCCUCCUCCUCCUCCUGACCCCCAACUUAAAGAUUGUGUUAUGAUGAAAAUCGAUCCACAAUUAACAAAAGUUACAGUCGUGGUUAAAACUCCAGCUUUGGUUUAUCAGAAAAAAAAAAUGCACGAGAAAAAACCUCCCGACCACAUUCUCCAUGUUCUGUCCCAAAUGAUUUGUGCUAAAGUAAAUUAACUUGGCGCAUGCGCCUGGCUUUGGUGGACGGACAAGUUCAGGUAAGAUCAGGUUUGAGGUCAGUGUGGAUGUGUGUGUGUGUGAGAGUGAAUGAGGAGUGUGUGUGAGUGUGUGUGUGACCUCAGGUGGGUAUAAUGACUUUUUGUUAUGUUGUGGGAUUUUGAAUUUGUCGUGUAAUUUUCCCCCCAAUUGUGAAGGGACUGAACAGCUGAGUAAACCCGUUGAAUGCCUGAAA